AUGGCUCAAACGGCGGGUUUGGAAGACGUGCUGGCGGCGGUCGCUGACAAGUCGAGUUCGAAAACUGCUGGACUCCGAAGUCGACCGGGCUCCAGCGAGAGGGACGCUCAGGUGCGGGCAGUGAAAGCCGCGCUGCAGUCCCGCCUGGGGCCCUACGAGCCGCUGCUCACCUACCUUCAGUCGGUGCUGGUGUGGGAAAGACCAGUCCAAUGUCUGCUACUCUACGUGCUGGUCAACGUUGUGUUCUGGUUCUUUGCCCUGACGUCCCUGCGUCCGUUGUUCCUGCUGGCGUCCGGCAUGGUGGUCGUGGUCUGCGUGGAAACAUGGAGGAAUAAGAUUUGGCCAAAGCUCAGAGUCAGGAACCGGGAUGAAUCCGAAAGUGAGAGCUGGGGCCUGGUGCAGCCCGGCAUCCUCAGCGUACCCGAGCUGUGUCACCACAUCGCAGAGGCUUGGGUCAGCGCGGUUGUUCUUGCGUCCAAUGUGAUGCAUUUCAAACGAUUCAACCCCGGCAAGUUCUGCAUCCUGACCUCCUGCCUCUUCUUCUCUUUGGCUGUGAUUGGACGCUACGUUCCUGGGUUGGUGCUCUCCUACUCAGCUGUGUUGGCAACCCUCCUUGCCCCACUCGCGGCCUACAACCGAGUUUUUCAGCGCGUGUUUGUGAAGCUGGAGCCGGGCCUGCAGCGCCUUGACUUCAGCGUCUGUGGAUACAUGAUGUCCAAGCCGCUGGACAACCAAUUUUUGCGCAUCCCUCUGCGCGGCGUCGUCUCCGACGAAGACAGUGAAGAGGAGCUGGCUGCUUUCUGUCCUACGUUUGACGAUGGUGUCGUGGCGAAGGAACUAACUCUGACUGACUCGGAGCACUCUGACGCUGAGAUUUCAUACACUGAGAACGGGACAUUUAACCUGUCCCGGGGCCAGACACCAUUAACAGAGGGCUCUGAGGAUCUGGACAGACACAGCGACGCCGAGGAAUCUUUCGCUCAGGAUCUUCCCGACUUCCCUUCUAUCAACCCUGAGGCCACCCUGCUGGAGGACGACGACGACACCAGCAUCGGGCUGCCCAGCCUGCAGAGUCACCGUGCUUCCGUACUAGAUGUAGAUUCUCACCUGGACUCAGACCAGGAGGACCUAGAUGCCGAAAUGUCCCUCAGCGGCCUGCCGCCCGCCUCAGACUUCGCGGGCGAACUGGCGGGCGACAUCGCCAGCAACAUGAUCCGAGCGGCACUGGUCAGCGCCAUGGGGACCCGGCGUCCCUCAGCCCAGCGCGGACGAGUGCCCCCCAGGCCGAACGCCCGCCGCGGCUACCGCAAGCAGUCCAGCUCUGAGCUGGACACGGACUUUGACGUGGAAGACUUUGAGAUGCUGGAUCAGUCCGAACUGAGCCAGAUGGACCCCAUCGGACAAGGGCAACGUCGAGAGAGUCAGGGCUCCAACUUCCUCUCAAACUUUCUCGGUAAACCCCAGUGA